UAUGCUGAUGAUGGUUAUGACUAAUAAACGUAUUUUUAUAAAUAAACUUUUACCAUGUAGCAUAAAAUAAGUGAUGUCAACAAAUCAGGAUAAUGGAAUAAUAUUAACAGGAACAAUGAACUCGAACUUAAAACAGUACCAAUUUUUAAUAGAAUAGUUAUCACGUAUCUGGUAAUAACGGGGAUAAUAGCAUCACGUGAGAAGCGCGGACGAGAGAUAGACGAUGGCGUGCAUUCGCUGCACCACGCCAACCUCAUCUCGUCAGUCCACGCGCCCCCCAGCUCACAUAGUCUCCACCACGCACCACUUCUGUCUUCUUACUCCCAUCUGCCAUACACCACUGUUCCUGUGUUAACCUUGUCUUCCUUCCAUGCCGCUCCUCUUGUGAUGUCACUUAGUCUGCACUCUCCAUUCCUUGUUCCCGUACAUUCUUUUCAUUGCGCAACAAUUUUGAGUUCUAAUUCUUCCCAUCAUGCAUAUAUUACUUCACCCGUCCUUCAUGCCCGUAGCAGGCAUUCCGUCCAUCCAGCGUCCUUUCCUAAUUCACUCUCUUCUCCUGUGUUUAGUUCGCUAACCCUCCACUCUGCUCCAAUUUUAAGCGUACAUAAAUUAGCUUCUGGGGCGAAUUCGACCGUCCUUCAUUCAGCCCCUGUGUUGGCCACUCACUCUAUCCAUUCUGCUAUUGGCGAGUCACAUCCCCUACACGCUACUCGUAUUCUAAAGUGUUCAUCAGUCCACUCUUUGAUUAAUUCAUCUUUUCUUCAUUCAGCUCCAGUUUUAAGAUCUUCUCCGAUCCAUUCUGUCCACGACCAUUCGCGACACCUACAUUCCACUCCUGUUUUAAAGACAUACAGAAUUAAUUCUCCCAACGCCAAUUCGCCAACACUCCAUUCAGCUCCCGUUACAAGACAGCAGUCGCAUCAUUCGCAUUUGUUCUGUCCCCCUAUUACACCUGCUCAAAGCGCACCUAUUCAAGUCGUAACCCAGAGCUCAAAUUCCAAUCAUUCCGAUCUACUUUUAUGUUCACAUUGCCCUGUCAGAGAUUUACAUUGUACUAAAAAUGAUUCUGUAUUAAGCUCCCUCUCAAUCCGGUCACCUGAACUAGUAACAACCAGUUCGCCUCCUCACCCAACACCUCUUACAGAUUCGUCCCUGGUCCGUUCUCCUAUUGUGAGCUCUCAUGGUAUCGAUUUUGAUCCCCAAUCAGGUCCACACUCUGUUCAUUCUCUUGCUUGUUGUUCACAUUCUGUUAAUCCUGGCUUACCUGUCUCAAAUCCUUCUCCCGUCGUAAGUUCAAAUUGCAUUGAUGUUCCCGUUUUAAACUCAUCGUCAACUGAUUCUCCACCCUUCGCGCAUUCCGUUGACUCAAUAGCCCAGACUUCACAUUCCAUUGAUCCUAAUCCCGUUUUAAACACCUAUUCACACCAUUCUUCCAUUUCAGCCUCAAACCUAAUGCCACCUGCCGCGUGCUUACGCUCCGUUAGUCCUGCCUCUUCCCCAUGUUUAUGCUCUAAGCCUACUCCUCCUUUAAGUUAUAUACAGACUCCUGUCGUAGGGAGCCAAUCAAUUGUCAAUUCUUCUUCUAUACUCUCACUCCAUUCUCCCAUUGGUAUUUGUCUCCCGGCCCCUCCCUUAUGUUCACACUCCACUCAUUCCAUUAACAGUCCGCAUUCCAUCCAUCCUGCUCUUAGUUCACCUUCCAUUUACAUCGUCACCAUACUUAGCGCGGACUCUCUCCACCGCUAUCCCAAUAUGCGGCGUCUUUCGCAAUCAGCCCCCGAUCUACCUUCGCCAGGGGUUGUAGCGCUAAGGUCACAUCAUUAUUCGCAUUUAGAUCCCGGCCUGCGGGUCAAACACAUCUCCUCUGCAAGAUACACCUCUGGUGGGUAG